GAAGUAUUUCCACAAAAUUUACGGGGAUAUGUCCAGAAGAUUAUUGUGAAAAUAUAUGGAAUGUAAGGAUAGUAAUAAAUGGGAAACAUGAGGAGUUAAUUGAUGGAAAGACAAGGGAAAGAAGAAUACAAAAAGUGUGUGAGCAUGGUGAGGCAUAGACUCUCUUUCUCUCUGUUUCUUCUGCUAAAUUUAGCAACUACAGCCUUCAGCGCUCUCAAGUUUAGCAGAAAUGACUUCCCAGAUGACUUCAUUUUUGGGGCUGGCACCUCUGCUUACCAGGUUGAGGGAGCAGCAAACCAAGAUGGGAGGAGUCCUAGCACUUGGGACGCCUUUGUUCAUGCUGGGGGUACCCAUGGAGCUUCUGGGGACAUAGCAUGUGAUCAGUAUCACAAAUACAAGGAGGAUGUCAAACUGAUGGUGGAAACAGGCCUAGAUGCCUAUCGAUUCUCGAUCUCAUGGUCAAGGCUUAUCCCAAAUGGAAGAGGACCUGUCAAUCCAAAGGGUUUAGCAUAUUACAACAACCUCAUCAAUGAACUUAUCAGCCAUGGAAUCCAACCUCAUGUUACUUUAUUCCAUGUUGAUCUGCCACAAGUGCUUGAAGAUGAAUAUGAAGGAUGGCUUAGUCGAAGGAUUGUGAAAGAUUUCACAGAAUUUGCCGAUGUGUGCUUUAGAGAAUACGGAGAUAGGGUUUCACAUUGGACUACCCUGAAUGAAGGAAAUGUAUUUGCUUUGGCUGGCUAUGACUCGGGAAUCCUACCACCUCAGCGAUGCUCUCCCCCAUUUGGACAUAGGUCAUGUACCAAAGGCAAUUCCUCAUUCGAACCAUACAUUGCAGGGCAUCAUCUCUUGUUAGCACAUGCAUCAGCUGCAAGAUUGUACAAGAAAAAGUACCAGGUACCACUACCUAAACAUAUUACACCUGAACGAACCUAUACUCGUAAGGAAACAGCGAAAAAAAUGGUCACAGUCAUUACAGUAAGUGGUGUUAUGUUGCAGGCCAAGCAACAUGGAUUCAUAGGGAUUAAUGUCUUUGCUUACUGGUUUGCUCCUCUAACAAACACAACAGAAGAUAUCACAGCUACUCAAAGGGCUAAAGAUUUCUAUCUUGGUUGGUUUCUUGACCCCUUAGUGUUUGGAGACUAUCCUGAAACAGUGAAGAAGAACGCAGGCACAAGAAUUCCGGCCUUCACCACACCUGAAUCCAAACAAGUCAAGGGUUCAUUUGACUUCAUAGCAAUAAACCAUUACUUCGCAACAUACAUCAAGGACAACCCUGAAAAGCUGAAGAUAGAUCAAAGAGACUUUGCAUUAGAUGUGGGCACAGACAUGAUAUUUAAGCCACAAAACGAUGUACCGGUAGGUGAGUUUCCUCUCACGACCUGGGGUCUGCAAGGAGUGCUGGAAUAUUUGAAGCAAGUUUAUGGCAACCCUCCAAUCUAUAUCCAUGAAAAUGGUAUGCAAACACAACGCAACACAUCGUUGAACGACACAUCAAGGGUCAAAUAUAUGGAGGCUUACAUUGAAGUUGUGCUUGAUGCAAUAAGAAAUGGAUCAAAUACGAGAGGGUAUUUCACAUGGUCGUUCUUAGAUGUACUGGAAUUAAUUGAUGGCUAUGGAUCUUGCUUUGGCCUCUACUAUGUAGAUUUGGAUGACCCAGAUUUAAGACGGUAUCCAAAGCUAUCUGCACAUUGGUACUCUAGCUUUUUGAAGAGAAGAAACAUGAGUUCAGAUGCGGACAUCGGAAUUGAGAAGAAUAAAACACCUCUUUCUAAUGUUCAAUCCUUUUAGUAGGUUCUGUUUUGAAUAGUUAUGUCUUGGUGUGUUUCUCUUUCUGCUGCCUUAUAUUGGCAACACAAUUUAUCAGUUAUUUACUUGAACACAAUUUCCUUUGAUGACUGUUGGGAUUUGAACCUGAACCCUGCCUAGAGAUUUCAAGGUCCAUUAGGACAUUUGAACUA